AUGAGCUUGCUCAACGAUCUUGCCAGCAGCACAUCGGCACUGAUCUGGGGCCCGCCAGCAGCCCCUGCCGCCAAAGACCCUCCGCCUCAGCCAGCCAGGCGCGCUUCCAUCUCGAAGCCCCUCUCACCGCCUCCGACACCAUCGAGAAAGGCAAUACUCCUCAAGUCGAAUCUGGGCCUCGGCAACCCUAAGAAAGAGACAAUGGCAACCGGCGAGCAAAUCACCAAGUCGAAGCUGGAGGAGCUGCCUCUGCCUCCGCCACCAGAAGAGGAGACCAGCAAAACGGCUUCGUCCGUGUUGCUCGACACAGGAACUUCAGCUUUGAGCUUGCUGGGAAGCGCUGUGAUGGGUAUCGGCUCAGCCGCUGUCUCUGCCUUGAGCUCUGCUCCAAGUGACACCACUGGCUCGGCUGCAAAGCCAGAGACACCUUCAAAGGACGCCUCUAAGGACGAGCAAGUGAAGGAAGCACCGCCAGAGACCUUCCUAGGUUCGAUCUCAAAUGCAGUCCUCGGCCGUGCUGCUUCGGUGCGAGAUGCAGCCAUUGAUUCGGUAACUGGUGCUUCCUCUUCCCUCGCUAGCUCAGCCGCUCAUGCCAUCGCCGAUACAGCUACUUCAAUCACUGGAGCCUCUCCUUCUCCACCGUCUCCUGCCAAUGAUGCUGACCCAAAGCAACUGCGCCGAGCAUCCACCCUCCCAAUCCAAUACACAGCUACCGGCGAGCCCUUCUCCCCAAACCCUAGCAUCUCUGCCAUGCAACGCAUCCCAGACCAUCCUUGCGGGAAUGUCCACAACCAUCGUACACCUCUAGCACACUGUUGUUCAGCACCAGACGUCUUGACCACGGUAGAGGAGGAUGAGUGCACUUGCAAGUGUCACGCCCUCGCCCCCGAGAGCGCGAAAGACGAAAACGGAAAGUCGAAAGAGGAGGAGUGCAAAUGCGUCUGUCACUCAAGGACAGCGUAUAACAAGGGUGAAUCGGGACACUUCCAUCGAGUAGAGCAGCUCGUUAAAGGUACAAAGAGGGUCGUUCGGGAUAUUAAGAACGUUCUCUGA